AUGGACAGAAGGAGAAUUUCUUUCGCUCUCUUGGCUUCCCUGAUUCAUGCAUGCAUUGGGGUUCCGCUACAGAUUAAUUUUGAGAGUGUUUAUGAAAAAGCGGGGACCGUGACAGAGCGUCCGAAGGUGGAGCCUCCUGAUGUUUUCAGCCUCAUCUCUGCAUCCAACAAAGAGAGCAAUAUGCUGAUGCGUGAAGGGGACAUCGCUGUGGAUAUCGGACGCAGCGCUAUAAAGUGCGACGACAACUCUUGCAGAUGGAGUAAAAACAGCACCGGCAUAGUGAAUGUGCCCUACACCCUCUCCCCCGACUACAGUUCCUCUGAUAAGACGGUAUUCCUCACCGCCAUGGAAGAAUAUGCGACUCUCACUUGUGUACGCUUCAUCGAACGCACCUCGGAAUCUGACUACCUGCAAAUUAUGUCUAACUCCGGAUGUUGGUCCUAUGUUGGUAAGAGAGGAGGAGGUCAACCCCUAUCGGUGGUGAGCGGCUGCAUCAGACAAGGCUCUAUUCAGCACGAGCUGAACCACGCUCUGGGAUUCUUCCACGAGCAGAGUAGGAGUGACCGUGACAACUACAUCAAUAUCAUGUUCAACAACAUCCUGCCAGGAACCGGGGGGAAUUUUCAGAAGUAUGACACACUUAAUCUAGGCACGGAAUACGACUAUGGCUCCGUCAUGCAUUAUCCAAGCACUGCUUUCUCUGUGGAUGGUAGUUCUCCCACCAUUGUCCCUAAACCAAAUGCCUCUGUGCCUAUCGGACAGCGAUAUGGACUCAGCACCUUGGAUGUUUCCAAAAUAAACAAGUUGUAUGACUGUGGUGUCUGUCGAACAUUGCUCUCCGAUUCUUCAGGAUCCCUAACAUCUUCCAACUACCCUAAUAAUUAUCCCGGUGCAAGCCGCUGUUUGUGGCUCAUUCGCAUUCCAUCAAACCUGGUAUUCCUGCAGUUUAGUGCCUUUGAUGUGCAGGCCACACAGGGUUGUGCUUCUGACUACCUGAGGAUCUACGAUGGGCCAACCACUUCCUCUCCCAUGUUAUUAGACAAAGCCUGUGGAGCUGGCCAGCUGCCCCCUAUGAUCUCUACAACCAAUACAAUGCUCCUUGAAUUUGUUAGCGACAGUAGCACCGAGGCCACUGGAUUCAAGGCUUCAUACAGCACUGUGACCUGCGGCUCAGUGUUGACCAACCCUAUGGGAACGUUCUCUACUCCCAACUACCCCUCCAGCUAUCCUCCAAGUAUGGAUUGUACCUGGGUACUAACAGCCCCGCCUGGUUUUAUAGUGUCUGUAAAUAUGACGGACUUCACUCUGGAGUACAAGAGCACCUGCACCUUUGACUAUAUGCUUGCUUUCGAUGGGCCGAAGAUCACCUCCCCAUUGAUGGGAAGAUAUUGCGGCAAAACCACCCCACCUGCUUUAACCUCCACAGGCAACAGCCUUCUUAUUCAGGCUCACAGUGACAACUCCAUUCAGCUCAAGGGGUUCUUGGCCAAAUAUGCCUUUGGUUGGGAUCCCUGGGCAUGGGCUCGGUGUUCGACUCAAACAUCGUCAGUUCACGUGUUCGAACACACGAACUGUGAGGGCGUUCAGCGGGCUGUUUGCCCGCCGAGCCCUCCCCAAGGCACUGUGCUUUGUGAGCCUUGA